AUGAAGUCGUACUACUUCCUGGCUGUCUUGACUGCUGGUGUCAAGGGUCUAGUGCGACGCACUGAGCCAGUGUGUUGCUUCCACAUCAAUGUCUCUGGAGCAGUAUCUGGUCCACUAGGCCAGCUGAUCGAAGGCCAGACUCGUGUAGAAGACAAGAGUCUACCUCAGUCUGAGUUUUGUAUUAACUCUGCUGGAGUGAUCACCGAUAGCACUGGCAAAGGCUGCAUCAUCACUCUCGCCUUUCCAGCGGAAACAACUCAGUUCCAAUGUGAUCAAGGUAAGCCUGGAACUCCAGGUUUCUCGAUUUCACCCACGGGACAACUACAAUUCCACGACAAUCCAAAUUUCAUUGCUUGUGAAACUGGCCAAAACGGCGGGAAAAACAUCUACACUACCAACAGCGCGUCUGUCACAAAGUGCCAGCCAGUCUUCUUGAAUGCUGACAAUUGCUUGAGCUCUGGGGCUGUUCCUGACGGUGCUGGUCCUGUCACGCCUGGAGAAACAGCUAUUCCUCACGCAUUAUGUACAACCGUCACUUUUGUGACGACGAUGACUGAGACGAUCUGUUGGCCUGCCCCGACUGCCGCACCUGGCGCCCCUGGUAUUCCCGGUAUUCCCGUCAUCUCUGGUGCCCCCAGUGGUCCCGGUGCUCCCAGUGGUCCUGGUGCCCCUAUCAUCCCUGGUGCUCCCGGUAUUUCUAGUGCCCCUAUCGUCCCCGGUGCCUCUGGCUCUCAUAGCGCACCGGGGGCUCCCAGCACGCACGUCACUCCCGCUGCUAGUGCUUCUGGCUCUCACAGUGCAUCCGGGGCUCCUAGCACGCAUAUCAGCUCCGCUCCAAGUGGUGCUCCCAGCGGUUCUGGCUCUCAAAGUGCAUCUGGCGCUCCCAGCACGCAUAUCAGCUCCGCCCCAAGUAGUGCUCCCGGUGGCUCUGGCUCACACAGCACACCCGAGGCCCCCAGCACGCAUGUCAGCUCAGCUCCUUCUAGUGCUUCUGGUGGUCACAGCGGCUCCGUUGGCCCUGGUGGCCCUGGAACUUCCGGUGCUCCCAUUACUCACCUUACCCCCGUUGCUCCUAGUAGCUCCAGCAGCCCUAGUGUUUCUCACGGCCCUAGCACUUCUGGUGGUCCUGUUGCUCCCGGUAGUUCUGGCGUCCCCAGUGGUCCCAUUAAGACUGCUCCAGGUGAAACUGGUCCUGCCACCAUCUCGACCGUUACUGCGCCUGGGCAUACAUCUAUGAUGCCUGGCAGCAGCGUCAUGGUCACUUCCGGUGCUUCUCAGUCCUCCCAUGGUGUCACAUCAGAAACAUCUGGGGGCUCUCAGCUGUCGACCCAUACAACCGCAGCCACCAUUUUCCCGCCAUCCGAACAUUCUUCUGGACUCACUACUAGAACUCCUCCGGUUACAGAAGGCUUAUCAUCCAGCGCAGCUACUCCAGGCCAUAUAACCAGCUCAAGCACAACUCACACCUCGAGUGUAUGUUCGACGUGCGGCCAGACAUCAAAUCCAUCGACGCCUGCCCACAUCUCGAGUAUCUGUUCGACGUGUGGCGAGACAGGCGCACCGACUACUGUUCAUAGCUCGACUGUCUGCCCAACGUGCACCGAGCCAAUCACUGGCCCCAUCAGCACUCAUACCUCCAGUAUCUGUUCAACAUGUAGCAAGACCACUGGUGUGCCGACGACAGCUCAUACGUCGACUGUCUGCUCAACAUGCAGCGAGACCACAAGUGCACCUAGCAGUGCUCACACCUCGACUAUCUGUUCGACGUGCAGUGAGAAACCUGGCGUGCCCAUGUCAAUGCACACUUCGAGCAUCUGCUCAACAUGUAGCGAGACCACAAGUGCCCCUAGUAGUGUUCACACGUCGACUAUGUGUCCCACAUGCAGCGAGACGACAAGCACAUCGACUGCCACUCUGACCUCGACCAUCUGCCCCACAUGCACUGAGACGAAGAGUACCCCUCUUAUCACUCGGACUUCUAGCGUUUGUUCCACCUGCACCUUGACCACCGAGACAAGUACGAGCCGUUUUGUUACAUCAACCGUUUCUACGUCAACAAGCAGUAUUUGUCCUACUUGCACCACCUCGACACAUGUCACUGUUUCGUCAACGACGGUUACCGUGUCCACCAUGUCUGCGACCUCCACCCUCACCAGCCCCAGCCGGCAUCCAAGCUAUCGCCGUGUCAAGCGGAAGCGCACGUAG